CAGAGACAGUAACAGUGUGCAACAAAACAGGAGCUUUAAUAUCUUUCUGAAGUAGAGUUGGUGUAGAGAUCUUUAAGUGUGAACUCAGGAUGAAGAUCCUCCUCAUCUUCACCCUCUGUCUGAUCCGAGACGGAGGAGCCACAAAGGAAGUAACAGGAUAUUCAGGAGGAGGAAUUCUUAUCAAGUGCAAGUAUGAUACAGAAUACACACAAAAUGCAAAAUAUUUCUGUAAGGGUUCAUGGGCAGCCUGUUUUGAACAAGUAAAGACAGAAAAUAAAAACCAGUGGGUAAAUUCAGGAAGAUUCUCACUGUUUGAUGACAACAAAUCAGCAGAGUUCUGGGUGAUGAUCAGAGAGCUCAUUGUACAGGACGCUGGGAUGUACCACUGUGGAGUUGGUAGAGAUUUAUUGAUGGACAUUAACACAUCAGUGGAACUGAAGGUUAAGAAAGGGUCCUUGGUCUCUAGAGACGUGACUGCAUAUGCUGGGACAAGAAGCAACAUCAAGUGCAAAUAUGAGGAUGAAUACAAAGACAAACCUAAAUCCUUCUAUAAGAUAAAAGAGACAGAUCAGUGGAGUUUUAAUCAAAUACGUACAAAAACAAACAGUGAAUGGUCACAUAAUGGCAGAUUCUCAAUUCAUGACAACAGAAGUGCAAGAUUCUUCAGUGUGUUUAUCAGAGAGCUGAAUAUGGAGGACACUGGAACAUACGCAUGUGGUAUUGCUGUGACUAAUGAAACAGAGAUCCACACUAUAGUGAAUCUGAAUGUAACAGAAGGUUUGUCCUACGAGAAGUCCAUCAGUGAGAUUGUCCAUAUAGGACAAGAUUUGACUGUAAGCUGUAAUUACCCAGAAUCCCACAGGAACGACAAUAAGUUUCUCUGCAAAAGGACUGGAACUGCUGCUUGUUCUUAUGCUUUGACUGUUAAAGAAAGUAGAAAGUAUGUAAAAAAGGGACAUCUCUCCCUGUAUGAUGACAGAGAAAAACAAAUCCUUACUGUGAACUUCAGAAAUAUGACUGAGCAGGACAAUGGUGAAUAUUGGUGUGGAGCUGAAGUGAACUGGAAAUCUGAUCAUGGCUACAAGGUUUAUUUCACACGGAUCAACCUGGAAGUAACUGGAUUUCCAGUUGUGGUCAUCGUGUUAGCGAUCCUCUUGCCACUUCUGUGUAUAAUCUCAUCCCUCGGUGUGAUUCUAUAUAAGAUGUACAAGCGACAAGGCACGUACACACAAACACACAUGCACACCAUGUAUUUGUGGUUUUAUUCCACAUCUUCUUUACCCUGAUAUAUCUUAUGUGUGCACACACAUGCCUGAGAUCUUCACCAGUAACAACUUGAAAGUGAUGAAGUGGUUGCCAUAAAUACCUUCAUGCCAUUCCAUUUCUUUUCCUUUCAUGAAUGUGUCCAUUAAUGCGAUUGCAAAAUCACCAAAUAUUAUAGGGACUGUUUUCCUUUUUUUGCUGAAAGGUUGGUGAACUGAAAGAAAGGCAUAUAAAGAUCAGCAGAGCCGAUAUCACUUUUCGUUUCAUCCACGAAUGACAAUUACCAGUUUGUUAAUGAACUACAAGUAUCACUUUACUCAAAAUUAGCAGGUCUAUGGCUUUCAUUCAGACUUAAAGUGAAGGGUCUCUGCUCUGCUGUGUGCAAUAUCAGUUUUUUAAGUGAAUUAAAAAUAUGAUUCAAUACAUAGAAUGAUUCAUUCACUUGUUCAAAAACACUGAUUCGUUUAGGUGUUAAACACUGCAACAGCUUAGACAGUAAUGUAGAACUGAAUCAUGUCCAAAACUCUUAGAGUUUGCUCAGAUUUACGACACUACCCAUCAUCCCCAGUGUAUCCUAUGACAAUGUCAUAUGUCUUGCAUCAUCACUCACACCUGU